AUGGAGUAUGCAGUAGACAUUACUGGUUUCAAGCAAAUCGAAGAAGAUUAUAUUCUAAAGGAAUUAGCAAUCAUACCUCUCAAGGAAAAUAGUGCAGAUCCUGAUGAAAUUUUUCGUUUAUGGCAAAAAGCUAUUCCAAACGGCAAUUCGUUGCGAAAGCACCAUCGCAUUUGUGAACUUCAUUUUAAAAAAGAUGAAGUCGAGAAAGAAUUCAUCCACGUUCUUCCCGAUGGCAGUAGAUAUACAUUGCCAAAGGAUAAAUGUUCCAUAAAAAAAGGUUCGGUGCCGUCUAUUUUUCCAUUAAUUGAGAAAGAAACCAAUGCAGAAGAUCGACAACCAGUAUGCUAUGCUGUAGUCUCUGUAGAAGUUAAUUAUUUGCCGAAAGCAAUUGGUGCAUGCAAUGCUUCGUUAACUAGUCCGCUGUUACCUUCAGGAAGUAGUAACCAAGAGGUCGAAGUUUUUGAAAAUGCCGGAAAAGUAAGAAAUAAAAUAGUUAACAAAGCUGCAGAAAAUACGGAAUAUUUACGAAGUAUUAGCCAAGAGAAUGUAGUCCUUGAAAAUAACGGAAAUUCACGAAGUUAUGAGAUUACACUAGACAAAACGUUUAAAAGACAAUGUUUAGACGAAACUGCAAUUGAGCCUGCGAAAGAAUUAACGUAUAGCGCUGAAAUCAAUUUUACACCAACAAUUGCGGAUAGUUGUCGGCAACAUGCUACACUGCACGAUAUUGCUGGUACUUUACGUGAAUCGGAAUCUCCUGCGGCGAAUGCACAGUUUCAAACAAUCUGUAAUGAUCUCAUCAAAAAUCCUCAAGCAAUUCCGUUACCUGCAACGUGGAUUCCACAGGUAAUAAGUACUGGACAACCAUGCAUAAUGUGGGCGGAAUGGAAAAAACAAUACAGUGGAAUAUAUAAAUAUAUCAUCCUUUUUCCGGAUAUGAGUGUAAAAGUAAUGAGUCAUCAAAUUAGAUCACCAAAUUGGCAACACAAGCUUGGAAUAUCCAAGUACAUUGCAAAUAAAAUAAAAGCCAUCUGGGUCUGCAGAACUGAAGCUUCAUCAUGUGCAGCGAUACAAGGGUUGUCUGUUCAAGAUAUAAAAGAUUACUCAGAUAAUAGCCUAAUACAUAACAGUUCUUCUGAAGUGCCUAGUAAUAGUAGUAGUAUGAAAGAUUUAUCCAUGGACACAAUUAAUGAGAUUUUAGGAUUAAAUGGUAACGACCCUGAGCACUUCUUCGUUGAAAUGUUCAUUAAAAUCGUAUCUGAUGCAAAUAAGAUCUUCGCAGAUCUUUUAGACAAAGAGCAACCACAAUUUGGUCAUGAAGUAGGAAUGCUUAAUAGUACAAUGCAAGCAGAUAUAGAUUUCGAGGAAAAAUUAAGAGAACUUUGGACAAAAAUGAACCAAUUUUAUGAGUUGAAUAUUGCUAUUGUAAAUGAUAUCUUUAUCGAGAAAUUUGACCAUUUUAUAAUUCAAGAUGUUUGUGCUGUUUAAAUUAUAUUGACGAGCUUUGGUAAAACUGAAACUAUUAAUACUUGGUCAAUUAAAGAAAUGCAACAAGACUUCAUCAAACGAGAUAAACUGAAGCCAUAUUUAUCCAUCAUCAUCAAACAUCCAAUCCUGCAAUCUUGGGAGCGCAUUCUUAAAAGAAAAAUGCACCAGGAGGUUAUCAAAUAAUUUAUUUCCUUUCAAUUUUUUUUAUUUAAAAUAAACGAUUUAUAGAAAAUUUGUAAUUUGAUUUUCGGAGUUUCACCUGCAAUAUAGGUAUUUUAUGAUGAAUAAGGUAUUAUCACUAUUAUACUACUAAACCCAAAUUUACAAUAAGCAGUACUAACAUCUGAACCAACUUCAGAUUCAUAGUAUACUACUCCAAACUUUUAGAAAAACAAAAGGUCCGAUCGAAAUUUCCUUCAGUAA